CGUUCUCUUUGUAACUUGAAGAGGAAGAGGAAGCGGAAGAGGAAGAGAAUGUACAAGGCCAAGUUGCAAGAGCUAAGUCAGCAGAAGAGGUGGGGCUUACCAAGAUACACGGCCAUGAAAGAUGGACCAGACCACCUACCCCACUUCAAAGCUUCUGUUUACGUCAAUGGCCUCUCUUUUCAUUCACCCACCAUCUCCACCUCCUCAAAACAAGCUCACAACCAAGCUGCUAAGCUUGCUUUCCUUCAUUUCGCCUCUUCAUCAGGUUCUUCAACCACAGCAGCUGAAACCAUGGCUGAAGGCCAAAAUACUGAGGAAGCAAUUCAGAGUUUUGAGAGUCACUCAAGUACCUUAGCUGUUACAAAUUGUUCUCUGAAGCCAAUGGCUCACCAAGAUGCUAGGGAUUCAAAUAUUGGAGAAAACUAUCAAAGUACUGAAAUUCAUUCUCAUGCCUUGGCUGUCAAAGAUGCACCAAGAGAUGAGAAGCCAAAGACUGGAGAAACAAAUCAUAGUAUUGAGACUCAUUCACAUGGUUCGAGCGUCAGCAAUGUAGAUUUGCAAUACCAAUACAAGAGCCAGCUGCAGAAUUAUGCUAGAAGUAAAAAUCUUGAUGCUCCUUUGUACUCAAGUAAAUGUGAUGGUCCACAUCAUGCUCUUCACUUCAAGGCUACAGUUACUAUUGAUGGACAUACCUUUGGGAGCCCAGAGUUCUUCAACACUUUAAAGAAAGCAGAGCAUGCUGCUGCAAAGGUUGCUUUAAUGUCAUUGUUGCAGGAUGAUUUUCAAGAGGAUGACUCUGGCUUUUACAAGAAUGUUUUACUCGAGUUAGCCCAGAAAGAACUUUUCUGCAUACCAAAGUAUGAAACAGUCAAAUGUGGUCCAUCUCACAUGCCCACAUUCUUUUCCACAGUGAAAGUGGAUGAAGAGAUUUUCCAUGGGAAAGCAGGGAGAUCUAAGAAACAGGCAGAGAUGAAAGCUGCAAAGGCUGCAUACACUGCUUUUAAGGAUCGUGCAUCAAGACGGAGAGCUGAGUUUGCUUCCCCUGAUUCCCCAGCAGACAAGGUUCUCAAAUCCUCUGCUGCCUCAGUCCAAGUCACCACUGUUGACUCACAGCAGAACCUCAAGCCCCAACUUCCGUUGCUUUCAUCUUCAACCAUCGACUACGAGGAACAUGCUGAAGAAACGAUAGCAGGUGAGGCUUUCAACUCCUCUGCUAGCACCAAUCAAGUCAUCUCUAUUGACUCAGAAAAGUAUGUUAUACCCGGAUGCUCAUUGCUUUCAUCCUUACCUGUUAGCUAUGAGGAACAUGCUAAAGAAAAUAAAGAUGAAGUUCAGGAAGUGGAGUCAGCUGAAAUAUCAUCAGCCACAGCCAAUGCCACCGCUCAGGAGACUCAUUCAUCUCUUCUAGUAUUAGAUAUUGACAAAAUGAAUACCAAAGGAAACUCAACAGCUUGUUCUGAAUCAGUACCUGUGGCACCCAAAGAAGAUUCAGUUUCUAUGAUGGCACCUCUUGACCUUUCAGCUUCCAGCACAGAGAUGACUACCAGCAAAAUGAGUUACUUGCUCUGUGGCAGGGUCAGAGUGUAUCCAUGCUUCCCAGAUGUUAGCUUCCCCAAGGGGAUUACAGUGCUGCCCAUUAGCGGGGACAAGUGGGUGGCCAUGAGCUUGGAGUUUCCAAAUGAGAAAGGUAAUUAAAUUAUUCUAGCUUCUUCCAUUAUAAGGCAGAUGGUUCAUCCAUGCAGAAAGUUAGUACAACACUUUUGCUAUAUGUAAAAAGUAUAUUGGAAUGUUUACAAAACAGUUAAAUAUAAACAACAUACAGCUACCAUUGAGUGAUUUGAAAUGAAAAGAUGUUAUCUUUA